AUGGGUGCUGGGGCCUCCACACCGAGAAAAGCGCAGCCCGACGGCGACGCGGACGACGAGACGGCCGUCAGGGCCAUCUUAGGGGAGCUGGGCGGCUGCGGUGUCCCACCAAUGGGCAUAGCAGCCGAGAGUUUGAGACUGGCGGUCGCGUCCGACGGUCCCAUGCGCAACAAGGUCCGCUCUCAUCUAGAGGCGCGGCGCUGCGCGGCCGGCCUCGACUUUUUAGUUGCGGUGGACGAUUAUAAGCACACGCGCGGGCCGGACGCGGACGCGGUCCGCGACCGCGCCCGCGAGGUGCACGAGCGCUUCAUCUCCAUUGAUGCGCCGGCCGAGGUCACGCUGCCGCGGCGCGUGCGGGACGCGGUCGCCCACAAAAUUUCAAGUGGUGUCGUGGGCGACGACGUCUUCGCGGCCGCGGCGGCCUACGUGUCUAAGGCGCUGGCGCGGGACGCCCUGGGCGACUUCGUGUCGGCGCACCGCGACGACUCCUUGCUUCUGGCGUCAUUGUAA